GGUCCAUGUUAUGGCGAAGAUUCGUAAGGAGUAUAGCAGUAAUCCAGAAUUUGACGCAACCAAAGUUCGUUCAGCAUCUUCGGCUGCUGAGGGUCUGUGCAAGUGGGUUUGUGCCAUGGAGAUAUAUGAUCGUGUAGCUAAAGUAGUCGCACCAAAGAAAGCCAAGUUGGCUGAAGCCGAAGGAUCAUUGGCUGAAACUAUGGGAAUAUUGGAGUCUAAGCGUCGUGAGUUGGCUGAGGUUGAGGAAAGAUUGGCUAAUUUAAAGAGUCAAUUCCAAGAAAUGACUGAAAAGAAAGAACAUCUCGAAUUUCAGGUAUUUAACAAACACUUUGUUUGCACAACCCAAAUUACCGUAGGGUGGUUUCCCGGUAUAAUUUUAUAACGCAUGUGUUUAAAAGAAGCAUUUGGUCGCAAUCGAAAAUUGGCAUUGGGGCAUUGAUUAAAACAACGUUAACACCUUUGUAUUUUUGGAAACUCAGAUUAUUUAAUUCUAACUUAACAAUUGAAAGUAGCUUUAAGUGGUGUUUUCAGUUUUCAGUUCGAACAUUUUCACAAAAAAUACGCGACACUGAAAAUUCGUUCAGCAGUUUGUCAUAUUUCGUUGAUAUUUAUUGUUUGUAUUUUAAAAGUUGUUUCCUUUAUAGCUACGAACACGGCGCCACAUUGUUUUAGUCGUGUUUCCACGUUUCGUAAUCGUAUUUCCACAGCAUAGUGUCAUAACAUUGAAUAUUAUUAUUUUCAUAUUCAACGUUAUGACAGCAUAUGAUCCAUUGAAUAUUAUGUUAAAACUCUUCCAUAUUUGGUCAUCUAUAUUAUUGAGAUGAUAUGACGAUUUCACUGCUGGGUGUUAGCCAAUCAGAAACCGGCCCAUGAGCGAAAUGUUCUAUAUUUUUCCCCAGGUUGACUUGUGUUCUAAGAAACUUGAUCGCGCACAAAAACUUAUUGGUGGUCUCGGAGGUGAGAAAGACAGGUGGUCAGCUGCCGCGGCAGACUUACAACGUGUUUAUGACAAUCUCACUGGCGAUGUUCUCAUAUCAUCUGGUGUCAUUGCUUAUCUUGGUGCUUUUACAUCGCUCUUUCGUAAGAGAUGUACAGAUGACUGGUCGCAAACAUGCAAGGUACAAAUCAAAACUACAAAUAGACAACCGUGCACCCACUCGUGUUGUAAAAGGAUUACAAAACAUAAUCUAGGUUGAUGGUUCGAUAUCUGAGCCUUAAUUGUAUCACAGGUACUAAACUCCGGUUAAAGGCGGAGGUUAUUCCACGAACGCGCUUCUCCCAAUUUUGGUACACCAGAUCCCUUUCAGUUCGAAAUCAUUAUUAGAGUAUAUAGCUCUGCACAAGGCCACAAUUAAAAUCAUUUUUCAUAUUUUGUCUUCACGACUCUUCUGAAUGGAUUCGAUUGAGCAUGUAUGCAUCCGAAUACCUAUCCUAGUUUCCGCUGUUUCCGCCCCACAUGACCAAUUCUUAUGCCUUAUACUCAAAUAGUAUUUUGCCCUCUAUUUAAUCUCUAGGGAAGAGGCAUUUCAUGCUCAUCAGAUUUCUCACUCAGUAAAACUCUUGGUGAACCAAUAAAGAUCCGUGCAUGGAAUAUCGCUGGUUUACCAACUGACUCAUUUUCCAUUGAUAACGGUGUUAUUGUGGAUAACGCAAGACGAUGGUGAGUUGGGUGUAACAUUCACAAAUCCUUUCCAAAAUGCACGUUACCCCCAAUUAUUUCAAAUCAAGAAGGUUUAAUUAUUCUUCCCAAACCAUAAAAUUUAUUAUAAGGUUCAGUUUGAGAGUUUUUCUAUGUGUGACAUUACUGACAAGUUGUAACUUGUCCGUCAUGUUUAACUCCAAUCUUGUUCCCCGUGCCCGCGAUUAUCUGGUGAAGGAUACCGAGGCUCAGGUGGGGAAUAACGGUUUUGGUUGGUUAUUUGUUAAUUUCUCGUACCCAUUCUCUUUUACCACAAUUCCGUGCCGAUACUGUGGUAACAAUCCACUGUGCCUGUCUAUGUAUCGUGCAAAUCGUGAGUCUGUUUAGUUCUGCGAGCACGAUGUUCCCCAGAGCCUCGCAUGAACGUUCCCUAGAGCAUCGCUUGAACUCGUAAGUGGUCCUAGGGGUGAGGCUCGCACACCUCCUUUCUCCCACACAAUCCCAACGUCCACGCCGGAGAAAUGUUGGCAUCGAACGGUUUUAAUGUGAUUAAACUGUACAUAGCAGGUUCAGUGUUAAAGCAACAGAACAGCUUUCGUGCAUCUACUUGGCCAAAUGUAACCACACAUUGAUAUUUUAGGCCACUCAUGAUCGAUCCACAAGGCCAAGCCAACAAGUGGGUAAAGAAUUCGGAAAAAGAUAAUCGUCUGUCGGUAAGGACAAAAGUAUCAUUCUUUUACUUGCACAUAUUACUUUCAGUCAUCAUUUGAACUUGUGCCUGCACAUUUUAAAAUCUCGUUAAAAUCUUGCCAUUUUGACAAUAUUUAGUUCUCAAAACCUAAAAUAUGCAUUUUUGCAGGCACACUCUGAAUUUAAAUAUUUGUCUCGAUGGCGCUACAUAAUAUUAAUGAUUAACUGUAUUUUAUCUGUUAAUCUGUGUGUGCUUACAGGUGAUCAAACUAACAGAUGCAGACUACAUCCGUACGUUAGAAAACAGUAUUCAGUUUGGGACACCUGUAUUAUUAGAGAAUGUGCGUGAAGAACUAGACCCAUCGUUAGAACCGUUGUUAUUGAAACAGACAUUUAAACAAGGUAGGUAUCACUAAUUUCAUGUUUUUAUUCCAAAAUAACGCUAUAUAUGUACUUCAUGCCUUAUAUAACGAUUCAAUUUUUCUUUAUACAGGUGGAGUUUUGUGCAUUCGUUUGGGAGAAACUGUGAUUGAAUAUUCCAGUGAUUUUAGGUUUUAUAUCACAACUAAACUUCGAAAUCCCCAUUACUUGCCAGAGUUAUCAACAAAGGUGGGUAUAUACUCUUAAUAUCUUGGUAUACUCACUGAAUGACAUGCCCUAAGCCGGCAUACCCCCUCUGCAAUAUAACGGUUCGAUUAGGUUACCUAGAGCCUCUAAAGAUCGUUCGAGCACUGUUUAGCCCAUAAUACAUGCGUGUGUUGUGUGUGUUGUCGUGCUGAGUUGCGGUUUUGGAAGCUGGUUGUCCAAAAUGCUCUAUGAUUUAUUUUAACAUAUUAAACUUCAUUAAAGAUACCUUGGAAGUAUAAAAUUAUAUACAUUGUAUACACUAAACUGCAUGCCAGUCUCCAUAUAGCUCAAUAAUUCACUUUUUUUCGCCUGGUUUUCACUAUAGGUAACACUUUUGAACUUCAUGAUAACACGUGAAGGUUUAGAGGAUCAACUUCUUGGGAUUGUUGUUGCAAAAGAAAGGUAACAUAUUUGUUAAACUGUGUGUCCUUGCGGCCACUGUGAGAAUAUUUGAACAGGAAGAUCAGACAUGGUGUAAUAGCUUAAAUACAUUAGUUUAAAUACGUUUAUUUGGAACAAAUAUCAAAACAAUAUAUGCAUGUAAAUACAGAACAGCCAGGCCGAAUGUACAUGUAAGUCACACUAGAAUUAUCAACAUGUCUUUCUGUCAGUCUCUGUUUGUCUGCAGGAAUCUUCAUUGUUUAAACGGAACUAUCGAUCGCAAUAAUUGCUAAUGAAAUUGCUAAAAUGAUGUAUCAUUUUAAUUACUUUCCCUUAAGGACAAAUUUUACAUGGGAGAUGUGGGGAAGUGCGCACCUCCCCUGAGAUCGUUUUACACCUCCCCUGAAAAGUCAUGCACCUCCCCUUGCGAAAGUUUCAAUGAUAGAUCAGAGUGAAAAUUUGACAUUUUUUUGUUGCUUAGGGUCUGCACUUCGUAAGAAAGUUAUUCUGUAAAAUUGAAACAGUGAUAGCUAUUCAUCUCUGUGUCAAGUACCCUUUUAAUGCAAUGUUUUGAAAGAAACUUUGCAAUAAUUUGCAAAAAUGAGUAGGAUGAGUAGUGCAGUCAGUCAUAAUUCAUUAAUACAUAUGUACACUACAUGCAUAUGUCACGUCGUUGACUUUGGCCCGUUCUAAGCCCUAACUUUCCAUGGGGGUCGUGAGCUAUACCGCUGCACCUCCCCUAAGUUUCUUUCCAACCUCCCCCACUAUUUACACCAAAAUCCGGUUUUGAAUUUUUAUUGUCUUUUCAUUCAAUUUAUGCAUUUCAAUUAUUACAGACCUGAACUAGAAGAAGAACGCCAAGGACUAAUAUUACAAAGUGCUGCGAAUAAGAAACAGUUGAAGGAAAUUGAAGAUAAAAUACUGGAAACACUCUCAUCUUCACAAGGAAAUAUCUUGGAGGAUGAGUCUGCAAUUCAAAUUCUUGACUCGUCCAAGGUA